GGUGGAGGAGGAGGAGGAGGAGCUGAGUUCCGAGUGCGGACAGAUGGAGUGUGACGUAGAGAGACCCGUCAUGUGCCACUCCGACAACAACGACGACGAUGAUGACGACGACGAUGACGAAGCAAGCGAAGUUGAGGCGGCAUGGACCCCCAAGAGAGACCCCAGGUGUCAGGUGGUCACGUGGGAACCCCCAGGCAUCCCUGGGAGCGAGGCUCGUGACGUGCUCUGUGUGCAACCAUUCUACUCCGACCACGUGGUCUGCACCUGGCGGCCGGGCCACCAGGCCCCGCCUGGCGUGCAGUACUCCCUCAGCUACUGGCUCACCGGCCACAGCAAGUGGAGCGAGAUGAGGGAGGGCGCCGUCGUCCGGGAAUCCUCCGCGGGGCCCUCCGGGAAUGGCUCCGGCCUCCUGCGAGCUUCCUUCCCCCUGAGCGAGCCGGUGCAGCUUUGCCUUGGCCUCGCCGUGCUCAUCAGCAGCCCGGACACGAGGGUGCGACCCGUCUACCGCACGCUGCCGGCGAGAAAACUAGUCCAAGCCCCGAAGCCUGGGAAUCUCUCCCUGGCGAUUGACAGCCAUGGAGAGGUCGUGGUGAGUUGGGAAGUUCCCGACCUGCAGUCCAGCUCGAGACCACCUAGUAGCCUCAUGUACAACGUGUGCAUGACGGACAACGUGGACACGGUUUGCAUCGAGAGGAAGGAGCCCAGGGCAUUCGUGGACAAUGAGAAAGUCCACACCAUCGCGGUGCAGGCCCGGCUGUGUGACAGCUGGGACAACAAGAUUACCUGGGAUCACAGCAGUGAGUGGCAGCACCUCGUGCUCCCAGCGCGGAGGGACGAGGAUAAGGAGGGGAAGGAUCUCCUCGUCGCGGCCGCGCUCAUUGCUCCUGCCAUCAUCGCCUUCGUCAUCAUGUGCAUCGCCGUCAAAUACGGAUGGAUGGUCAAGGCCCACGUGUGGCCUCAAAUCCCUGGGCCCAGCGACCUCCUCCACGACUUCAAGUUCGCCAAGGAGCAGAUCGCACAGGCCCCCACGUGCCGCGUGCCGGAGGAGUUCUUCUCCAGCGUGGAGAUCCUCUCCGAGUGCCAAUCCUCGCGGGCCGCCCGACAGCCGCUCAUCCCCUCCAUCGUCACGGCUGUCCCCCCUCCUCCUCCUCCUCCUCCGUCCGCUGCCGCCGUGGUCGGCGUUACCGCGGGGGCCGGGGUGCUCGCCACGGCCACGGACUACUGCUCGCUGGCCGAGGCCAACGCGGGUCCGUCGGCGUGGCGACCGGGAUGAGGCUUCGCUCCCUCCUCCUCCUCCUGCUGCUGCUGCUGCUGAUGCUGCUGCUGACUCCCCACACCGUGGGAGAGGGGGGGGUCACCCGAAACCAAAGACCCGGGACAAAUUCACGAUCACCACCUUCAUGGACUCUCUCACUCUCCUGCCUCUCCCCUCUCAUCUCACUCCACUCCCCUCCACGCACUCUCCCACCUCUCAUCUCAC